AUGACAGGAGUGCUGCAGGAUUCGCAAAGAAGGGGAAGUGUCGCCCUCGUUGCUCCUGUUUGGAUUACUUUGACUUCUUUUUCCGCACAGUCUUUGGAUUCAGCGCCUUCCCCCACAGAUAGCACGGCCCCAGCAGACUCCUCAGCCAUGUCGGAGGACCUGAGCUCCCAACCCUGGUCCAUCAACAAAGAUGAUUAUGAGCUACACGAGGUGAUUGGGAGUGGGGCCACAGCGGUGGUUCAAGCAGCCUACUGUAUACCACGGAAGGAGAAGGUGGCCAUCAAACGCAUCAACCUAGAGAAGUGCCAGACUAGUAUGGAUGAACUCCUGAAAGAAAUUCAGGCUAUGAGCCAGUGCCACCACCCCAAUAUUGUGUCUUACUACACCUCCUUUGUGGUAAAGGAUGAGCUGUGGCUGGUCAUGAAGCUUCUCAGUGGAGGCUCCGUGCUGGACGUGAUCAAGCAUAUCAUCUCACGAGGCGAGCACAAGACAGGCGUCCUGGACGAGGCAAGCAUAGCCACCGUGUUGAAAGAUGUGCUUGAGGGCCUGGAGUACCUACACCGGAACGGACAGAUCCACAGAGAUCUUAAGGCUGGAAACAUUCUCCUCGGGGACGAUGGCUCAGUGCAAAUUGCAGACUUUGGCGUCAGUGCCUUUCUAGCCACAGGUGGUGACAUCACCCGAAAUAAAGUGCGCAAGACAUUUGUGGGAACGCCAUGCUGGAUGGCCCCAGAGGUCAUGGAGCAGGUGAGGGGUUAUGAUUUCAAAGCAGAUAUUUGGAGUUUUGGGAUCACAGCCAUUGAGCUCGCCACAGGGGCUGCACCUUAUCACAAAUACCCACCAAUGAAGGUCUUGAUGCUGACGUUGCAGAAUGACCCCCCUUCCCUGGAGACUGGCAUCACAGACAAGGAGAUGGUAAAGAAAUAUGGCAAAUCCUUCAGGAAGAUGGUCUCCAUGUGUCUACAGAAGGACCCAGAGAAAAGGCCAACAUCCUCAGAGUUGUUGAAGCAUAAAUUCUUUCAGAAAGCAAAGACCCAUGAGUAUUUACAUGAGAAGUUACUUCAGAGGGCGCCCACAAUAACAGAGAGGUCAAAAAGGGUACGUAGAGUGCCAGGUUCCAGUGGUCGGCUGCAUAAAACGGAGGAUGGCGAAUGGGAAUGGAGUGACGAUGAGUUGGAUGAAGAAAGUGAAGAGGGCAAAGCAGCUGUUGCUGCCUUAAGGUCACCAAGAGUGAAGGAGGGAUCACAGAAUUCAGAGGUUUUCCAGACUCCUGAGCCUUUAAGUACUCAACCCCAGCCAGUGGCCGCAGGUCAGGCAGAACUACCUCAGGCUGUAGGCCAGGUUCCACUGCAGCCCACACCAGUCAACACUCAAUCCACUGCCCAGGCUGCAUCUCCCACACCCGGUGUACCCGCCACUGCUGCUGUUCCCACACAGACCCUAGCUGUCUCAGGGGAUGUCAAGGCCCCCAUUAGUUUGGUAUUAAGGUUAAGAAAUUCAAAGAAGGAGCUAAAUGACAUCCGCUUUGAGUUUAUGCCAGGGAGAGACACAGCAGAUGGUGUGUCCCAGGAGCUAGUGUCUGCAGGCCUGGUGGACGGGAGGGACUUAGUAAUAGUUGCUGCAAAUUUGCAGAAAAUAGUUGAUGAGCCUCAAGCCAAUAAAAAUGUCACUUUCAAACUGGCUUCUGGAACUGAGGGAUCUGAAAUACCAGACGAUGUCAAAUUGAUGGGCUUUGCUCAGCUCAGCAUUAGUUAAACUGUUGUUCUACAUGGGACCGUGACUUGCCUAAAAAAUGUGAAAAUUAAAAAAGAAAAAAAAAAUAGUUUAAUGCAUUUUUUUUCUUUCUAUGGCUGUAAAGAAAACCACUACUGCCAAAGAAAACAGUACCGUUUUGUCACCCAUAGGAUUAUACAAUGCCGCCUGAUUGAAUUGGGUGGCUGAAGUAUCAGAGCGUACAAUAUAAGAAUCACUCAAACAAGUUUACAGCGUACAUGUAGAAGGAUGCAAGUAUCUACAACAAACAGUUUUCAUUUCCCACUCUGGUCUCCCUCAUUCUGUUACUUUCUUCUCUCUAAUAUGUGAUGCAUUUGCACAAUCUGAACUAAUGCCCUUGAAUCCUGAUAAGUGUAACAAUGCCUUAUAUUCAUCUGAACUACUGAAUGCACGUUUUGGGGAAGGCCUCAGUUACCAUAUGGAGCAUUAUGUUGUCUGAAAUGUACAAAUGUGGUUUCAGUUGCUCGUGUCAAACUUUUUACUUCAUUUUGAGAGGAGGUAAGAUGCAGCUUACCAAGCCAACUAGACUUCAAAUUCUACACACAAUUCUGUACUCAACCGAUGAGUGCCGACGUGAUGUGGCACAACAAAUGUAAUGUGAAACAAGAGGAAGAUGUGACCACUACCAACAGUAACAAUCUUUAAAUGAUAAGGCUAGUUUUAUUAAAUCUUUUUCUAAUCAUCAUCAAAUGUCAUGAAAAGAAGAAAAGAUGUGUUAGUCUGUUUCUUAGUACUUUCUGACUCCACUGCACUGUCUGUGGCACUCAACCUCAAGCUCAUUCAAAUCUUCAAAAAGGGCUCACAAAUAUAGUUAAAUUUUUUUUUAAAGUCAAAGUUAUUUCCUGAAACAGCUGGACACAAAUGUUACUCAGAAUUAUUCUGAAUUCCAUUAGAAUUAAAUGGUGUAUUCAUUUGGAACUAUUUUCACCUGCGGAUUAAUGGACAUUUGGUGCCCUAGUGACAAUUUACAGCAAAAACAUGUCACCACCAUAGUACAACGGUGUGGCUCAUCAAUGAGUUUUUAAUAGUUUUUUGGGGCAAGAAUGGAGCUCUAUGGCACAAAGAAAUCAAUUAUGUUAGUCUUUGGAUGCACAGAAAAUAUUUCAUGGGAUUUGUUGACAAUAAGAAGCUUAAUGAUUGUUAGUCUUAUCAUUUUAAGUACCGCUACACCCAACACCAUCAGAAAGGAAAGUCUCUUUAUGAACUGAAACUGGUUUUAAAUGAUUACACAUCUAUAGAUUGUCCAGUACUUCGGCUGAUUAUAAACUUCAACACAUUUAUCUAAUUGCAAAACCUAAAUGGUUACGGAAAAAGGAGUGCAACAUAAUAUUGACUACAGAAAUUCCACAAAGAAAACCAGAUUUUCCUCCACUCAUUUCAUACACAACACUGGUCUUUUUGUACAUUUGAUUAUAGAUUUAAAUUGUAGUAAAGUAAAAGAGUUUUACAACAGCUGAAACCACAAGUGUUGUAUGAACAGAUGUGUCUGUUUGUAUUAGUAUGUGUCUGUUUGGAAUCAGUUUCUCAAAUUCUUCUUCUUCUUCUUCAAAAAAAAGACUUAAGUGCAUUUUUGUUUAUGUGGAUGUAACAUAAGUACUUGAUUUAACCUCUAGUAUGUAAAUAAUGACAUUUGGCUUUGAUUUGUUUUUAUACUGGGUGUUUCACUCUUGGCCUUUUUUCUGUCCUAUGACACAAUUGUGGGUUGUAGCGUUGUGUGAAGGAAGACGACGACACUGCAAAUUUAGCUUUGAAUUCUCUCAUUUUGCAGGACAUACUGUCACUUACUGUAUGUCACGUAUGACGCUCAUUUACCUUUACUCAUGAAGCUUUUCAUUUUUUGCCUUUGAAAAGUUUGAAUAUAUUUUACCGUGGGGCCACAGCUGUCCUGAUGAACCGCUCAAUACCUGUCCACCUUAAAUUUCCCUCCAAUUUUGAGCCGAGCAGCAGCAAAUCUGUCUCCAACUCUUAAUGAUACCAAGUGGAGCCUGUUUACAGUACUUUAACCCACAUCUGAAGUCAUAAAGCUGCUUCAUCACUUGGCUAAAAUGAAGAUUUUACACCCUCCAGUUUGGAGAAAAGCUAAGCUAUGACUGUCGACAUUUUGAACCAUCAGAAAUGUGUUUUGGAUUUGGCAGAAAGAGGCUGUUAUCAGUACAGCUGCAACAUCCUUUCAAACACACUCUGGAUGUGUUAUAAUGAAUGUGUAUCUCACAGUUAUUGGCACCGAUGGCAGUGGCAGGUUCAUUUAACACUCUGCUCUAAUGUGUAGAUCUGAAACGCCAGCAAGGUUUUACUGUUUAAUUUGGUGAUGUGAUAAACCCUCCAGAUGCCAUAUUGAAUGAAAAUGAAUUUUUCUGGAUUAUUUUUUUUUUUGCUUGCAGAUAAAAUGUUAAGAAGAAAUCUUUGUAUUUUGACUUUAAACAUGUUAAAUUUUACGCUAGCCUUAAAUUGAAAAUGACCAAGUGUAUUUUCUUUUCCUUCUUUUUUUUUUUUUGACAUGAUGUCAAGGUUUAUGAUUCAGAUUUUCAGUGUCUUUGAAAUGUAGUUCUUGUUACACGUGAAGAUACCCGAAAUAAAGAUAUACAGGUGUGUCGACCCUGUGUUCUCCUCGAAGGGGAGCGACAAAGUCAGCAACCCAAUGUUACUCUUAAGUUUCUAAACUGCAGUAUUUGGUGCCAUUCUCCUGGUUUAAUCUGCAGCUGACAGCAGAUUAGGACAGGAUAAGUGUGUAUGAGCCCUGAGAAGUGUGUGUGUGUGUGUGUCUGUGAGUGUGUGUUGUGUAUGAGCCCUCCUUCUUAACGGAGUUGAAGAUCUAAUGGCUUUGUUCUCAUCCUUUCUCCAACAGUCGCUUCUGUCCUGCUCUCCCAUGUAGUCUAACAGAGCUGUAGCAACUGAACAGAUGAUCAACAAAAACACUUUUGUCCAGGCAAUAACUCAACAAGGCUGUAAUGUAUUUGAAUUUCCCACCUGUUUUCAGUUUUUUUUUUUUUUUUUCAUUCUUUCAUUUGCUCUAUUUUUGAUCGUUUUGGAGUUCAAAGCAUGUUUCUCUUGAUUAUUUUUAAUCAAUAAAGAAUGAGCAUAUCAGCCA